AUGGCGGAUCAACGUCCCUUUGAUCCAGGUGGCCCACGUAUUUGUAUCGACCUGACGGACGAAGAUGAUGAGCCAGAUGUGUCCCUUCUCGAGCCCGUCCCCAAUGGGUCCCACAGCCGUGGCAAUUCUGGAGUGCCAGAUGCCUCUCGGUAUCGUGCGUCGACGUUUCCCUACCCAAGCAACCAAGGAUUCGGACACAGCCAGAAUCCCCAAAUGAUCUGGGGGCGUCCAGUGCAGGUGAUUAGCAAUGGCUCGCUGUUGCCGUAUAGCCUUCAAGCAGGGCCAUACUAUCGACAGCCAUACAAUCUUACUACCGACCUGCCGUACGGUGGUCGAGUCCCUGACUGGGUCGUAACUCCACAUCAUCAAGUGAUAACAAGCCACCAAAACAAUAUUUCUGCAGCUGCUCAUCCGUAUUGGGAUCCAAGUCUUGUCCGUGGUCCUUGCGACUUACCAGAACGACCACCAAUUCGCAAAGACUUCACUUAUCGGGGUGCCACAUCUUGCAAGACAACUCCACAAGGAAAGAUUCUCACUUCACCAGUCGAGAAGCGGCAGGAGAACUUACCGCCAUCUUCAACCACGAGCGCCGCACUGUUGAAAGCACCCAUUAACGCGCCACCGCAGCAAGAUGGAUUGUUAUCAUCCGCACCUCAAGCGCUUGAGGUCGGCACUGCUGGAAACAGCUUGCCGCGAUCAGCGUCGCGGCCCCGCACUGUAUCUGAAGGGCAGACAACGUCGUCGAAAGUGGUAUCCAUGCAGACACCGCUAAAUGAUCAAGACGGAACUUCCCAAGGAAAGCUGGUUGUGAAGUUGGCCAACUCGAAUGUCAUAACCGACGUCUCUGUCCAUCAAGUGUUUGAGGAGGAGCAAUGUGACAAGAUACUGUGGCUGGCUCUUCACGGUGUCCCAAGUCGCGCGAUUGGGUGGCUGAUUGAUAUCCGAAGACCUGCAUACAUGAGCAGGCCGACACUUGUGGCUGGCGUCGAUAGGUUGAUAAAGCACUUCAUCCCCGAGCUCGCGGAGGGUCAGGAUCAUGCCGAGGAGCCCGACGCUUUGGUUGAUCGGCUCCUACAACGAGGAGACGACUUGGACUGGAGCGGGCCAUACCUGCUUCGGCGAGCCAUUGACUUCACAUUCAUUCCUAAGGGGGAUGUUGAUCGCGCGAGGAAGGAGCGUCAAAACAAUGCUAGAGAGCGCCUGGCGCGCCAGAAAUGGUUAUUCCAGCAUGAAGAGGAUCCAGCAGAGGGUGCAAUCCAGCAGAGGAAUCAAAAGGCAGCGUUGGCGUUACGAGGUCUGGCCAGAGAUGCAAAUGAGAGAGAGGCGGCCAUGCAGAGAUUCGGGUAUCGUGAAGGUAGCCAUGAAGCUGAGAGGCCACUCAUGAAGAAAUGGCUGCUCAAAAUCCGUGAACUUGGCAAGCUGCCCGAUCACGUGGAUGAGCGUGGGAUCGCAGCGUGUGAUGACCAGUCGCGUGUCGAACAUGUUUUAAACGCUCCAGCAACGAUGACAGCCUGA